GUCAUAAGCCUGUUCAACUCAUCAACCGAAUGACACAGUGGAGCUGACUAUCUUCUUCUGAAACCGAUAAAACGAACCAAAAUGGCCAAGUUUCUGUGCAUCGUUACUUUCCUUUCUGCAUGCGUUCUAGCAUCUGCAUUGGACUGCUACGAGUGCAACGACUGCAGUUCUUUCUUUACCUACUCAUCUCGGAGCGAAACAUGUCCGGAACCUUUUUUAUCCUUCGGGGCUUUGACCGAACCCCGAUGCAUGAAACAGAUCGAGAGUGAUGGAACGAUCGUCCGCAGUUGCUCCGACCGAACCACCUGUACUACCCAAGAGCUAAUCAAUAAGUGCAGUGGAGACGAAGUCGGCUGUAGGAUAUGUUGUGACGGAAACAAUUGUAACUCCGCCUCUUUCCUCACUGUCUCCAUGGCAACGCUGAUCCUGUCGACUGCCUUUGCCUUAGUGCGCAUGUUCUGAUGAUGAUGAUGCAGGGCGCCCUCUUCUUCUUAUCCACAUCUAGUUUCACUAGCCAAACAUACACAGAGAAAUCCUUAGGAAUCAUCAUGCUUGAUACUUCAUUUGAAGAUUUCGUAAUGCACAUUGUAAUUGUAACCAGGUUUCAAUCGGAUUCAAUACUCUCUUGAGGAAAAAAAUGAGCUAGGGUAGAAAAAUGAGGAGUUGUAAUUCUCAAAAGGGAGAUAGAAUGAGAGAGUUAGAGUUAGAGAGAGAGAGAGAGAGAGAGGGAGAGCACGAGAUGAGGUGUAGAUGACAGGUUGCCUGUAGGCAAGGGCGGGGUUAGGAGAACAGGAUUUGUUCUCAACACUUUUGUUGAAUAUUCAAUCAUGUUUGAUAAUCGUCUUUUAUAUUUUUGGAUGAUUUCUGAGGCUUCCAAACUAUCUUUGAAAUACUGUAAGAAUUUUGUUUAGAACUGAUUUCGAUGUAAAUAUAUACAUAUUGUGGUGAUUUUUUUAAAAUCCAUAACGGUGUAGAUUUCACAUGUUUAAAGUGGUAUGUGCACCGAAAAAAAAUGUAUACAAACUACACGUGUGUAGAAUAUUAUCAUCUUUAUGUUCUUUCAAAAUCUACAAGAAACGUAUAUAACUGACGGCGAUUAGAAAAUGUUUAAUUGUAUUUGACAAUGAUUAGUAUAAUAUGUGCAAGAUACAAUUUUUUUUCUCAUGACGCUAAAGGGUACCAGUAACACGUUCUGCAUUUUGCGCAUGACGCGUCAUUUUGAAUACGCUAUUACUUGCGCUAAUUAAUUCAACGCAAAGGUUUAGCCAUGAUCCCAUUGGGUAUGGUGUCUCUCUCACGUGGCGCGCUAAAGACUGCGUCAGUCACUGACGCAUUUGUACGUCAGGCAAAUGACGCGUCGUGUGCAAAAAAGACGUUGGGAAGAUAUCAAGCUGUUUUUGAUUGCUAGCUUAUAGAAAUUAUUGUAAAUGAAUCUUUAGGGGAGGUAGUGCCAAUGCAUGCGCUACUGAAAAUAUUGCCAUCGUUCGUAGUAUUUUGACCAGCCUGGUGAUGAUGUCAUGUUGGAAUUUCACUCACACGCUGCGUCAAAAACAUUGUGAGUCACUGACGGAGCCAUGCGUCAGCAAAUUGACGCUCCGUAUGCAAAUGGACAUAGAGAAUGAAUGUUGCAGAAAGGUAUCCUAGACGCAAUCAUUGAUGACGCUAGGAAAGUGUAAAACGGUGGAAAACCGAGGGCGGGUCACAUUAUAAAUAAAAUCAAGAUUAAACCAAUAAACUUUAACCGGGGGGGGGGGGGGGGGGAAUGGGGAGGUAGAUGAAAAUAAAGAAGAACGAAGAUAUAAAAAAACGGGCCUAAUACUUGCUGGAUGAUCACCCCAUCUGUAAAAAUCCUUUAGAAAGGUUCAGUUACUGACAUGUAUAUGUAUUUCAAUACAAGUACGUAUUAAUCACCAAUCUAGUUCUGCAGAAGAAAAACUAAUCUUUUGUACAUUGUUCUAUGAACCCUACCCUAUCGCAGUUUGUCUUUUCAUAAAAUGUAUGUACUUCUCGGGUUUUCUAUUUGCUUUUUAGUAGUACUAGCUCGCUGUUUCGCUGCUUGAUUUAAUUUUAUCUGAUUGUCGAUUUGCUUUACAAGAAAGGUGCAACAAGAUGCGUGCCAUGUCAGGAUAGACCUUAGGCAAGGCCCUAGUCUAGGUUUCGGUAUAAUUAUAUUUCAAGAGUCGGAAUGCGAAUUGCAUACAUUAAUUGUUGCUAGGUAGGACAAACAUUAUGGCUUGACCUUCCUGACAAUACGUAAUGCAUACAAUUCGCUUUCUGACAAUUGAAAUACAAUUAUUCGUAACAGGUGAUGAAAUAAUUUGUAACGAGGCACUUAAUAAAGAUUUAUGCUUUCAUUUUGAUUACAUUACGAUAAUGGCCUAUUGAAAUUGUAACGAUUGGUAUACAGUUGUACACUUGAAGGCUGAAAUAUAAAUCUCUUUUACAAUA